AUGUCAUUUCAAGGUCCAACAACAUCAGCCUUUAGUUUCGACCUUGCAAAAUCCAGUCUGCAGCAGCGCGGGAUUGUGGAACGUGUUGAAGCUGGCGAUGAGCGCGAUAUGACCCAAGAACCCUCACCACUGGCAUCGCCAUCGGCUCCAAAUGAGAAACUUGAAACACGCCAGACCCUCGAUCCACUUUGGACUCUCCCCAAAGCUGAGGCACUUCGCCUUUGCCAAGUCUACGAGGAGGAAAUGGGCAUCAUGUACCCGGUUCUGGAACUGUCGGAGAUUUUAGAACAGGUUCAUCUUCUCUAUGGCCCAAUGGACCGCGCGCUUGGACCAACCCACCAGCCCAAUGGACACAAUGGGCUAGCUCGCGAAGAUAUCCAUAUUCUACGUGUAGUGUUUGCAUGUGCCUUGACAGCCGAAGCUAGUGGUCUGAGUGAACAGGCUAUUGCUCUCUUUGAUAGUGUACGAGAAGUUCAGGACAAUUGUGUCUGGGGUUCGCCCGAAAUCAAGAACAUCAUAUUUUUGACUCUUGUGUCAAUGUUCUAUUUUCAAAUGGACGAGGAAAUUUUGGCGUGGCGCACCGUUGGUAUUGUUGAGCGCAUGUGUCUCGAGAAAGGUCUUCAUCGACGGGAAACCCUGAAUCAACCGACCAUCAUAGCUGUGGGGAAGGAUCGCGUUUUGCGACUCUUCUGGUCUAUAUACAUUCUGGAUAUGCGCUGGAGCUUUGGAACUGGCAUGCCGUUUGCCCUGGAAGAUACAGAUAUUGACCCUUGGCUGCCAGAGCCCACCGAGAAUACACCCUAUCUGCGCGUGAUGAUCAGGUACAGCCGGAUCGCAGCGAAGGUGUGGAAGUUCAUAGCGGCGUUUAAUAACACCAACGAAAUCAAAAAGGAAGAAAUGAACUAUUUGGAUUGGCAGGUUUUGCGCUGGGUGCAUGCCAUUCCAGACUCAUUGCGGCUUGAUAAUCCGAGCUCGGCGGAGUCUGGGACUGCCGUGGAAGGAACACGGAGCCUACGCAGACUGCGUGCUCUCCUGUACCUUCGUGCUAAUCAGCUACGCAUGCUAAUCCAUCGCCCUGUUCUUCAUACUUCAGCCCAUGUCAACCAAUAUCCAGGCGAGUCUGAGACUGUGGUGGAAAUCGCCAAAGAUACAAUUCGUUUCAUUACCCGCUUGAACGAUACAUCGGACAUCUACCAUUUACAGCAGGUGGCAUUUAAUUGGUUUCUCGUCUCGGCCCUUGCAGCUUUAUUCCUGGCAGUUGCCCAGGCUCCAACACAAUUCAGUGGGUCGUGUAAGGAGGAAUUUUACUGGGCUUUGGAGUUGGUCAAAGGAGUCUCAGCCCAGUCUUAUAUUUCUCGCCGACUAUGGAAGUCUAUUCGAAGCCUCCGUAAGCUUGGUCCUCAAUUGGGCCUUGGGGUCCAGAAAAAGCGCCUGAAUAUCGAAGCGGGUGUUGAAAGCGAACAUUCAAAUAUCCACGGGUCUCCCCAAUUGCCCCAAUCUACAAUCCCAGAGAGUCAGACACCACAGAACGGGGAACAAAUGACACAGGAGUUGAUGGAGUGGUUUGAAGCCGUGGGAAGUUUGGAGGAUCAAAUCAUGGGGAUGGGAACGGGCCCUGUGCCAGACAGAGGACCUUACCAGCAGAUGCCCGACGGGGGGUUUGUGUUUGAUUACGGCGAAGAAUUGUCGAGUGUGAUGAAAGACUUCUUCUGA